GCACUUCCCUCUCCUCUUCUUGUUUUCAGCUUCUUGUAUCACUCUAGCGUUCCGAUGGUUGGUGCAAUGGCCAACUCUGAGGUAUCCAAAAUGGCAAAGGAGGAACAAGAAGCAAGAGAAGGUGAGAUGAGGGUCGGAGUGGUGCCUAUGGAAGGAGAUGGUGGAACAGAGGCACGAGGAAAAGAAUGUUGUGACUAUACACUGGAUGGCUCUGUGGACCUCAGAGGGCGCCCUGCAGUCAAAGGAAGCUCUGGUGGAUGGGUGACCGGUAUCCUAUUGCUUGUGAAUCAAGGCCUAGCAACGCUAGCAUUCUUCGGGGUGGGUGUCAACCUGGUGCUAUUUCUGACGAGAGUUCUGCAGCAGAACAACGCAGACGCAGCCAACAACGUCAGUAAAUGGACAGGCACCGUCUAUAUCUUCUCUCUUUUUGGUGCCUUCCUCAGUGACUCCUACUGGGGAAGAUACAAGACUUGUGCCAUCUUCCAAGUCAUCUUUGUCGUGGGUUUGGUGCUACUAUCAUUGUGCGCACAUCUAUUCUUACUCAGACCCUCAGGGUGUGGUGAUGGGCACGCUCCUUGUGGGUCUCAUUCCAGCAUAGAAGUUGGAGUGUUCUAUGUAUCUAUUUACCUGGUUGCCUUUGGGUAUGGGGGCUACCAGCCCAACAUUGCCACCUUUGGCGCUGACCAGUUUGAUGAGGAAGACCCAGGGGAAGCCCAUUCCAAGGUCUCCUUCUUUAGCUACUUCUACUUGGCCCUCAACCUGGGAUCCCUAUUCUCCAACACCUUCUUAAGCUACCUACAGGACCAGGGCAUGUGGGCCUUGGGCUUCUGGGCCUCUGGGGCAUCUGCCUUGUUGGCGCUGGUCCUCUUCCUUGUUUGGACUCUCAGGUACAGACACUUCAAGCCAGGGGGGAAUCCUCUGUCGAGAAUCUGCCAGGUGGUCAUCGCCGCAUCGAGAAAAUCGAGGGUCAGGAUGCCGCCAGGUGGAGAAGAUUUGUAUGUGGGUGGGGAGUGUGCAGAAGUUAGUGGUACUAGAAAGAUUCUUCACACUGAGGGAUUCAACUUCUUGGACCGUGCUGCAUACGUGGACUCCAACGACUUCACCAUCCAAGGUGAGAGGUCCAUCCUCCGGGACCCCUGGCGGCUCUGCACCAUCACCCAAGUGGAAGAAGUCAAAUGCGUGUUGAGACUCCUCCCCAUAUGGCUCUGCACCAUCCUCUACUCUGUGGUCUUCACUCAGAUGGCCUCCCUCUUCGUCGAGCAAGGCGCCGCCAUGAACACCAACGUCCAUGGCUUCCGCAUCCCCCCAGCCAGCAUGUCGGCCUUCGACAUCCUCAGCGUCGCCACCGUCAUCUUCUUCAACCGCAGGCUCCUCAACCCCGUCAUCUGCCGUCUGAAGAAAAGCCCCAGAGGACUCACCGAGCUCCAACGGAUGGGCGUCGGCCUCGUGAUCGCCGUCAUGGCCAUGGUCUCCGCCUGCGCCGUCGAGCACUUCAGGCUGAAGCACGCCGGCGGCAACGCCGGUAGCUCGUUGAGCAUACUGUGGCAGGUGCCGCAGUACGUGCUGAUCGGAGCCUCGGAGGUGUUCAUGUACGUGGGUCAGCUGGAGUUCUUCAACGGGCAGGCGCCCGACGGAUUGAAGAGCUUCGGGAGCGCGCUGUGCAUGACGUCCAUGUCGCUGGGGAAUUACGUCAGCGAUGUGCUCGUGACCAUCGUCAUGGAGAUCACGGCGAAGGGCGGCCGGCCGGGGUGGAUUCCGGGAAACCUUAACAACGGUCAUAUGGACAGGUUCUACUUCCUGCUGGCGGUGUUGACCAGUGUAGACUUUGUGGUGUAUGUGGCCUGCGCCAAGUGGUACAAAUGCAUCAAGCUGGAGGGGAAAUCCGGGGAGGAGAAGGGGGGUUCCGGGGUCUGAUAAUAAAGUCUAUGAUAAACACAGGAGUCAGCAGUCAUCACUCAUUACAUGAGUUAUGGUCAUUUAAGAAUAAAUUAACGUGGGACUGGAAGUCAGUCUCUGGAACAUUUAUGUUAACGUGAUGCCCUCCUUUCUUCAUAUUUUUUCCUGACCUUCCCAUGACGAGGGCUCGGUUGGGAUCGACGGUGGAAACUGAGGUUGCUUGGGGCAUUGCAUAACAUUGGAGUCAUAAAGCUAGCCGGUGCUGUUUUGGUUUCUGGGUUUAGGGUAAACGAAAUGGGUAAGCAAGAGGUUUGGAGGCAGAUAGAAAAACACCAACAGCCUAGCAUGCACCUCUUACCUUUUGUUUCCCACUCAUGUAUCUCUCUGAACAUAUUGAACCUAUAAUACUUAAUUUCAUUAAA